GGGGUGGUGAUAAAGGUGCCAAAGAGAAAGAGAUUAAGGCCCUCUCAGGGCCCGGCGCGAAGCUCUCUCUGCGGAGAAGAAUCCAAAGGACGGAGAAGGAGUAGAAGAAGUAGAAGGAGAAGAGAGAGCGAGAGAGCGAGAGAGAGAGAGAGAGAGAGAGAGAGAGUUGUAGGGAAGGGAAGGGGAUUGGUGUUUUGUUUCAAUACGGGUCUACUCUGAUUUAAAUCCAUCCCCAAAAUUAUUGAUAGGUCUUGGAGGGACAAAAGGGAUUGUUCUUUUUUGGCUCAUUUGUAGAGGAUUAGAUCUCUGAAUCCUGACGCUGUGGUCUCUUUUUAGCUCUGGAGACAUGUUGGAAGGUCAAUCCUACAUGAUCUCAAGGGCAGUGCCGAGCUCCUGUGAGCAGGAACCCAAGUGGAUCUACAUGGCUUGCCAGCUCCUUGACCAAUCAAAGAAUAAACGGCAUAUGAAUGAUGAAUCAAGAGAACAAGAAAAAGGGCACAAAAUUAAGAGAAAGAAGUCUCCAAGGAGCCCUCUAUCACCCAAUAUCGAAGAAAUGGAGCCAAAUUCUCUGGAGACCAUUGAAGAAAUGGAGUGUCCUGAUGAGACUGAUGGAAAUGGAUCCGGUGGGGAUUACCCUGAUUCGAACUCCCUCAUCAGCUCGAUUGGCCGGGAUAAUUCAAUCAAUUGCCUUCUCCGCUGUUCUCGAUCUGAUUAUGGCUCUCUCGCAUCACUCAACAAGAGCUUCCGUUCGCUUAUUCAGAGUGGUGAGCUUUACCGGCUCAGACGACAGAUGGGGAUAACUGAGCACUGGGUCUACUUCUCUUGCCAUGUUCUUGAGUGGGAGGCUUAUGAUCCCUACCGUGGUCGAUGGCUGACACUGCCUAGAUUGCCUCAUAAUGAGUGCUUCAUGUGCUCGGAUAAGGAGUCAUUGGCUGUAGGCACUGAGCUCCUUGUUUUUGGGAAGGAAGUAACCUCGCAUAUUGUUCUUAGAUAUAGUAUUCUCACAAACUCUUGGAGUUCAGGUAAGGCGAUGAACUCUCCCAGAUGCUUGUUUGGAUCUGCAAGCCUCGGAGAGAAAGCUAUUGUAGCUGGUGGAACUGAUGCUCAUGGUAACAUAUUGAGUUCUGCUGAGCUUUAUAAUUCUGAGAAGCAGACUUGGACUACUUUGCCGAGCAUGAUUACACCCAGAAAGAUGUGUUCCGGGGUAUUUAUGAAUGGAAAGUUCUAUGUCAUUGGAGGCAUGUCAAGCAACACACAAUUAUUGACAUGUGGUGAAGAGUAUGAUUUGGAGAGGGGUACCUGGAGGCUCAUUCCCAACAUGUCUUCAGGCCUCAAUGGUGCCAGCGGUGCACCUCCGCUCGUUGCAGUGGUUAAUAAUAAUUUGUACGCAGCUCAUUAUUCAGAGAAGGAGAUCAGGAAAUAUGACAAGGACACUAACUCUUGGAUCACUCUCGGGAGAUUACCUGAGAGACCAGCUUCGAUGAAUGGUUGGGGCCUUGCUUUUCGGGCAUGCGGUGAACGACUGAUUGUGAUCGGUGGACCAAGGGUAUUAGGUGGGGGAAUGAUUGAGCUUCAUUCAUGGAUACCUAAAGACGGGCCUCCAGAGUGGACCAUGAUAGCCAGUAAGCAUUCUGGAAGCUUUGUCUAUAACUGCGCUGUUAUGGGUUGCUGAUUAGAUUUAUUGAUCCCGCAUACACCGGCAUUCCCUAUCCAGAGGGAGGAUGUACAAGAUUGGUCUGUUCGAAGGCAUAAAACACUGAUUAUGCCUAAUGGGUAAUCUCUGCCAUUUUGAGAUUUCAGAUUUUACUCAAGGUUUAAUAGAACGAUGUCUUCUAUGUAACUCUUGAGUUCCUUUUUUUUUUGUUACCCCCUCAUUUAAUUUUCAGCAAAAUAUUAAUUCUGCGCUAUUAUUCUGUUAAAAUGGAGUAGAGAUUUCGGAUCAUGCAUUACUGUGAUGGACUAAUAAUUCAAUGAAGCUGAUGACUUGAUUAA